GAGUGGGGGGAGGAGAGAGAGAGAGAGAGGGAGAAGGGUUAAAAAGCAGUGAUUUCUCAGCAUCUCUCUCUCCAUCCAAACCUCCCCCCAUCCCUUCCCAUCUCCUCCUUUCGGGGGAGGGUCCUCAAGACUAUUGGAUCUUUUGAAGGUGACGUACCCAGUAUGAAAACAUAAUAACUAGUUGAGAAGCUGCAAUAAGAAACUUUGACGGAAAAGGCGCUUUUGGGGGGUGGGGUAGGGAAGGGGGGGCUGGGGGUUUAAAAAAAAAGAAAGGGAGAGAGUGUGUGUGUGUGUGUGGAUGUGAUACAAAGUUACCGAGGAGAGAGCCUGAGGGGGGGAAUAAUCGCUGGUGCUGGUGCUGCAACGAGAGAGAGAGAGAGAGAGAGCCGGGGGGGGGUGGGGGGCACUCGAAGAUGGUUCAGCAAACCGCGGGCAAGUUUGAGGCGGACGGCAGCUUGUGCCGGGAUGUCCCGGAGAGUGAGUUGCUCGCCUGCAGCCCGGCUGCUCCUUCUCCGUGCGAGGGCGACCCGGACUGGUGCAAGACGGCGAGCGGCCACAUCAAGCGGCCGAUGAACGCGUUCAUGGUGUGGUCGAAGAUCGAGAGGCGGAAGAUCAUGGAGCAGUCCCCGGACAUGCACAACGCCGAGAUCUCCAAGCGGCUCGGCAAGCGCUGGAAGACGCUGCGGGACAGCGAGAAGAUCCCGUUCAUCCGGGAGGCGGAGAGGCUGCGGCUCAAACACAUGGCCGAUUACCCCGACUACAAGUACCGGCCGCGGAAAAAACCCAAGACCGAGGCGGGCAAGCAGCAGCAGCAGCAACAACACCAGCACCAUCAGGCGCCUCAUCAACAACAGCAACCAGCAGCAGCCGCUCCCGGGCUCACGCCGGACAAGAGUCAGGGCAAAAGCUCCAAACAUUCGGGCAAGAAAUGCAGCGGCGGGAAACUCAAACCCCCCAAACCCUGCGCCAACUCCUCCUCCCCAUCUCAGGGAAACGGGGAGACGUCCGAGGAUUUUGUCUUUGGGAACCUGAGGGGCAACAAGACGGUGCGGAGCGUGUUCGGUGGCGGUCCGGAGACCCCCUUGCCUCAGCAAGCGGCGGAUCCCUCCUCCUCCUGCUGCUCAUCGUCCAGCCCACGGCGGGCGAGUGUGGCGGCGGUGCCGGCCAGCCCGACCCUCAGCUCGGCCGCCGACUCGGUGGAAGGGGCGAGCCUGUACGAGGAGCGGGACGGCGGCACGAGGAGGGCGCCUCCGACCAAGGCGGGCGCCGGCAGGCGGUGCUCGCACUCGCCCAGCUCCAGCUCCAGCUCCAGCUCCAGCCGCCGCUCGGCCUCCACCUCCAGCGAGGAAGCGGACGAUUUGCUGUACGACUUCAGCAUGAGCUUCUCCGGGGCUGGCGGCAGCAACAGCAGUGGAGCCGGAGGAGGGAACGGCUCGGAUCCGCUCAGUUCAGGGAAUGUCAGCCUCUCGCUGGUGGACAAGGACUUGGAUUCGUACAGCGAGGGCAGCUCCGGCUCCCACUUUGAAUUUCCAGACUACUGCACUCCCGAACUCAGCGAGAUGAUUGCCGGAGACUGGUUAGAAGCCAACUUUUCCGACCUGGUCUUCACGUACUGAUUUAUUCCCCUUCGACGAAAAACUUUUUUUUUUGUGGGAAAAAAAAAGAACCCAGAACUUUUCAUUUCUGUUGGUUGCUUUUUUUUUAUGACAGGAUGUUUUUAUUCAAAACACAGUUGCCACCGGUCUCCAGGUCCGAUUCGCUCUUCGAGUGGGAUAUUUUCCCCUUAACCGUCUGUGAAGCCCUCUCAAAAGGUGUUUGUUUUUUUUAAAAAAUAAAGGAAUAGAAACACAAACUUACUUUGAUUGGAGAUCGUGGCCGGACUUUGUAUACAAAGCUUUGGCGGCGCAACUGUUAAAACCAGUUACUUGGAUUUCCCCAGCGGGACCACGACAUAGAGAGAGAUGUGAACACUGCAGGGAGUUUUAAAACGGCAAAAAAAAUUUGAGAAUCCAGGCUUGUAUGCGAACACUUUUAUCUUACACCACGACCCUGAAGUUAACUUGAUCCGUUGUACUGUUUUAUUCGUGUGAUGUAUUUCCAAUAAGACUGUUUUUUGCUCUGUAAGUUUUGUUUGUUCCCUCACAAUUACCUCCUUUUACCACCUAAUGACACAGGCAGCAUAAACCUCAAGAGUAUAAGAUUUUUUUUUGAUACAUGCAGACCUCAAGACUUUUUAAAACGAAGAAAAAGAAUACUAAAUAUUUUCACUUGUAUUUUUCUAUAGCUAAAAGGGAACCUUCUCGCUGUGAUAGUCCAGUGAGAAUUUCUGGCACUUGCUUUUUUUAAAAAAAAUUAUUUUCCUCUUCUUUUUCUUCCUGUAUAGCAUGUGAACGUUGGUACGUCCUGCUUUAAAGGAUUCAAAAACAUUUCUUUUUGAAAAAAAAAGCAAAAUCCUUGCAUCAAUGCCUUGUGAUUUUAAAUCUGCAAGUGCUCAGUCUUUUUGUACAGUUGUAGAUUUAGAUUUGUUGAAUAUUUGUAGGUAAGAAAAUUUAUUGAAAAGACGUGAGAUAGAAUUCGACUCGUUCCUAGUGAGAUUAUAUGUACUGUAUCAUAUACUGUAGGAAUUCUAUGUGUACUCAUACGCUGUGAUAUGUGGGUUAAAUCCCGAGGGCAGGUGUAAACUGGAGGAUUUUUAACAAGGCACAUGUGAAAUCUUAAUUCAUUUUUGUGCAAUAUGAAUCACAGAUCAUCUGCACAUUUUGUAGCAAACUUAUGAACUAAAACAGACGUGUGCACUGUAAUUGCCUGUCUUGAUGCUAAGAGUCUGUAUCGGGGGAGGGGCGGGGGAAUUAAAUAAAGAAAUCAGCUGGAACUGAUCGUAACAGAAGCAUUGACAUGCAUUUAUACGGAAUAUUAACAUCGAUCCGCUUACUAACCGCACUGUGGGGCAGGAAGUUCUGUUUGCACCGUGGAAGAGACGCCAAUGAUUCUGGCAUCGAUAACGCCUCUUUUUAUUUAUUUCGUUAUCGAGAAACAGCGGCAUCUGCGAACACUGUCGAACAGUCAAAACAUCAAAAACGGGCAUUGUCGCUUUAAAUCCAAAUCCCCGCCUUUAUCUGAGUCACCAGGCGAACGUGAACGUGCAAAGUUGUCCCUUAGUACAGGAGACAUGAUUCCUAGAAGUCCCAUUUCCGACACGGGGUUGGCAAUGAAGUUGUCUGAUGCUGUUUUAAUAAUUGUUAUGUGCAUGACUAUAGCGCCACUGUAUUGAAAUACAGUGACUCAACAGUCAGGCUGAGUCCCGGCGUUUAAACUCUGAAAGAGCUGAAACCGAAAAAAAUAAACAAACUAUUGGAGAAACUCUGA